UCCAUUAGUGUUUCCCUAACGGGAGCAGCAUGGCUGAAGGAGGAGCUGCUCUCUGACCUUCAGUGAGACUAUAAGAGCGCAGAAGAGACAGACAGAUUCAUUCUACAGACAGACGGAGAGAGAGACACACACACACCGCUCACAGACCACAAACACAGGGAAGUGCAGACAUGAACGCUGCUCCUCCUGCAGGAAGUGCUCUGGCGACGCCCGCCAGCACCGCCGGACCCACCACACCCAAGAAAGGGCCGCCCAAAUUCAAGCAGAGACAGACGCGCACCUUCAAGAGCAAGGCCCCCAAACCUGGCCAGAAAGGAUUCGGCGAUGAUAUUCCUGGUAUGGAGGGUCUCGGCACAGAUAUCACUGUGGUGUGCCCAUGGGAGGCAUUCGGAGACAUGGAGCUCAGCGAUCUGGCCAAAUACGGCAUUAUCUAAACCCCGCCUCCUCAACAUCACCGCCUUCAGCCCCGCCCCUCGCUUCCAGUGGCCCCACCCCUUUUGCUCAAUGUUGUCGUGUGGUUAUGAUGUGUGAUGAUAAAGGAUUGAUUUAACAGAUGGACAUUGUCAUUAUUGAUAUUAUUAUUAUUAUUAUUAUUAUAUAAUAUUUUGUAUUUUGUAUAUGUUGCAAUAAGACGACAACUUAUCCCCUCCCACACCCCAGCUGUCAAUCAACAUCCUGAAAAAUAGUCAUCAGGGUUAAGAUAUGCCCCUAGCUGUGACUCCGUCCAUAACUCUGCUAUAUUACAGAAGGCGUGUUCCCUGAUGACAUCACUUCCUCUGUCUUAUAGAACCUGUCCCAUAAACACAUUUAUAUUAUUAAAUGUGUCAUGUUUGAUUACCGGAGUAGAAAUCCUAUUAAACUUUCUAUUUUCAGAAA